AUGCCUGCCGAUAACCCGGGCAUUAACCUCUGCAAGGUCGUCAUGUCCGGCCUCGCACUCGGCUACCCCCUCCCCAUCCUCCUCAACUGGGAUGGCGACUUCAACCGACCCGAGUGGCAGUUCGCUGGCACCCACAUCGCAAAGCUCGAGAGCCUGCUGGCAGUGAUCGAAGAGCUCCUCGACAACGAUCCAGACGCGCACGAGGACGACCUAGCGCUCAUGAUAGACGCAUAUGACCUGUGGUUCCAGCUCCCUCCGUCGGUCCUCAUCCAGCGGUUCAACCAACUCAAUCGCGAGGCGAAUGAGCGCAACCGCCAGCUCUGGGAGCAGUCUGCUUCCCACCAGAGCUUCCCAAUCCCUCCCCCAGAGCAGUCCAUCAUCGUGACAACCGCCAAGGACUGCUUCCCUCUGCCUGAUUCCGGUUCCGAUCCACACUAUGAACUCUGGCCGCCGUCGCCGAUGCCGACUGACUUCUACGGGGAGGGAACGGACAUGCUGACGCCGCCGUUGUGGGAUUCCGCACGUAAGUAUCGUAAAAUCCGUCCUCGGUGUGUAAACAGCGGUUUGAUCAUGGGCACCAUGGGCGCCAUGCGAGACUCGCUGCGCCGUUGCAGGGAAAAGGUCGAACAGGUCGCAAGGGAAGGCCGCCAGCUCUGGAGCGACCAAGCGCUGUUUGGCGAAGUCAUCGGCGACCAGGAAGCAUGGCGCACAUGGGUGAGGGAGCUGGCGUCGACCUGGGACGGGAGCAUAGCCGAGAGCGUCAACUCAACGUCGGACGACCACGUGCGCCGCAUCGCCGAGGAGGCCCUGGGAGGGGUGCGGUUCGACUUUGGGAUCGGCUUGGACUACAACUUCACCACCGCCCCCGCGACGUGCUCCGCAGAGGAGGAUGGGUACUUUGUUAAGAUGUCGGAUGCGGCCGCCAUCAAGGAGCUGUCCGAGAAAGCGGGCGUGCCCAACGGCGUUCGCGUUGAAGGAGUGCCACCCGAGCUUUCGAAAUCGGGACCGGAAGAGGACCGAUUCCAAAACGUCAAAUGGGAGGACCAGUCGCUAUACACAGAUUUUUUCUUCGGCAUUGCUCCGGUGGGCAUCCACCACAACGCCUACAUCGACGGCCUCAAGUCAUGGCGGUUGAAGAAUUGGUGGGAUAAGAUGUGGUUUUACCCACGACUUCGCGAGCUUGUCACGGACACGCUCCAGUCCAGCCCCGACUCGCCGCGUCCUCUGGCGAGGGUGGACGAAGGUGAUAAGAAAGUUCUCUACCAGGCCGACAAGGGCGCCCGUGUGACAAACUACAGCCCUGGGAAAGACUCCCUUCCAGCCCGCUUUGACUCAAUGGAGUGGGACGAGAUCUGCCAGAAAGGCUCGAGACCAUGGUACAAUGAGCUGUUUGGCGACGAUAAAGGGCCCUUACGUGUGUAA